AUGUUUGAAGGAUUGGUAAAACGGUUGUUGGAUACCUAUCUGGCUCCAUAUGUCGAUGGGAUCACACAAAACCUUCAGCUGGCAGUAUGGUCUGGGAACAUUAUACUGGAAAAUUUGAAACUUAAAGAUGAUAUAUCAUCAAAAUUGGCAUUACCGUUCCAUGCGGUGUCUGGAACAAUUGGUAGGAUGAGCAUAAAGAUACCAUGGGCUAGUCUAGGAAGUACUCCUAUAAACAUUGUAGUUGAUUCUGUCCAUAUCGUUAUAGAUAACAGGGAAAAUGAUAAAACUGAUGAAGAAAUCCUAUCCAAUCUUAGAAAAAACAAGAGCAACAUGAUUGCACUGCUAGAACAGGAGUAUUUUGAAUCAGCAAAUUUGAAAACACCCGGAAAAGUGAACUCGUCAUAUUUUAUCAGACUUUCGCAAAAAAUACUAAACAACAUACAGAUAGACUUCACAAACAUAAAUGUGCAAUUAUUUGAUGAAAAUAGUUCAUUCGUCUUCAAAAUUGAAUCAAUAUUUCUUAGGAAAUCCCAAGUAGAAGAAAGUAACAAACCCCUUAAAAUUGAGACCAAUGAUAAUAUCAAAGAAGAAAAUAUCACACAUGUUUGCUCCCUUUUAGGAUUCUCUAUUUACGAAGCGAAUGGUCUAAACAAUAAUUUUACAGGAAAUUUAGAUAAUGAUCAUAAUUUGAAUACGCAAGAUGAAUCGACAUUCACUCUCUUAGAACCUCUUUCCUUCACCCUAUUAUUAGCUGUGAACCCCAAAAAUAAGUCUGUAUAUGCAUCUUUAUGUAUUGGAUCAAGGAACACAACGAAUAUUGACGUGGAUCCAACUGAACCAUUACAUAUUAUGUUGACACAAGAUUGUCUACGCACAUUUACGAAAAUGUGGGUUGAUAUGCAGUUAGAAACUAAAAGGUGUAAGAGGAUACUUAUGCAAAAGGCAGAUACAGUUGCAUUGGAUGCUGACUCCAUUAAGGGGACUACUAAAGCAGAAUUCAUAAAGUUAUAUACCAAAUCACAAAAUUAUUUGGAUAAAACCGGGGAUGGUUUAUUGCCACAUGAGGAAGAAAGAUUGCAAACAUUAAUUGAUGUAAUACCAGCUAGAUAUAUAGCCCGGUGGAAGUUCGCUUGUUCUAAUCAAAAGAAUGCCAAAACAGACACCAGGAAAAAUGGAGCAAAACAGGAAUCCUGGUUUAGAUGGAUGAGAGGAGUGGUCACUAGCGUGGUUGAUAGGCAAAGUAAAGAAAAAGAUGGCAUAGAUUCGGAAAGUUCUUCCAUUGAGAACUUACCAGGUGGGUUGGUACUUACAGAGGAGGAAGUAAACAUGAUAAAAGAAACUAUGAGUUUGGAUGAUCGUUUUGAAGAUAGUUUAGCUACAAGUUCUUAUUAUUUUGAGUGUAUGCUUCCACGGUUUCAAUUUACCAUUGAUGCUAGCAGAAAUAAGGUAGACUCUAGGGAUAUAUUGCUAUUGGAUAUGGAAAAUUUGCAAUUUAGGCUAUUCUUUCAUUCCGUAGUUGAUGUAAAUGAUAAAGACACUUACGAAGGUUACUUUGAUAUAAAUUUGGAUUCAUUUGACGUCAUCUUCCGGGAAACCAAGUUGAUGGCAUUCAUUUCUAAUAAUACACCAUCUUCACCCGCAAAUGAGACUUGUAGAGAGCUAGAAUCAUGCAGAGAUGAUCAUAUGAGUAACGAAAAAUCGUCCAUGAGUUUACGAGUUUCACAUGAAAUGACAAAUAAAGGGAAUAUAUUGGUGAUUAACGGGGAAUUAAAACCACUUGAAACAAACCUAAUACCUAGCGUGAUCCCGGUUUUAUUCGAAUUUUUUAGCUACUUCCAACCUCCACAAGUUAUUCAUGCUACAACACGUGAACAUUCUGCUAUCUCUGAUCAUCUAUCAAAUGUUUCUGCAAAUAUUGAUGCUGUUAUCGAAGAUGAAAUUUUAAGUGUAGAGAAACCAUUGUAUAAUGCUGCGCAACAUCUCCCAUCAUUGCUAUCUUUUGAUGUAAAGUUUUCAGCCCCAAUUCUCCUUCUCUACUCCGGAACAUACGACAGAAUAGAUAUACACUUUGGAACACUUAUAUUAAAGUCUAAUGGUCCAUGUCUUCUUUCUAAUAUAAAUGGUACUAUUGAACUUAAAGAAACCCAAAUAUCCUGCCGACAUCAUUUGCAUAACGAAGGAGAAAGAUUCGACUUCCUUAGACCCUUACCUAUGAAAAUACAUUUCGAUUGGAAUUCAAAUAUUGAAACUCUUUCCCUAGAUGUGCUGUUCGAGGAGGUUUUUGUGCAGGUAACACCCCUUGCUACUGCGACCUUGUUUGAAAUACCAAACGAAUUAAUACAGACUAUAAUACAAGCCAAAGAAACAGUGAGGAUAGAAAAUAACAAACGAGUUGAGAUAAACUCGAGAGCCAAUACUUCAUUUAGUGACAGCUUGUGGAAUUAUAGGAUACACGCAAAUAUACUCAUUCAGCACUCAGGAUUCUCUGUAUCUAAUAUGGACUUAUGUGAAGUUUUUAAAUUAGAAAUGUAUAACUCUUCUUUCAAGUUGGAAACCGCACCAACUAAGUCCUCUGUGCUCUUGGGAUUGGAACAUAUUAUGAUAUCCAAUCCUUCAGUGGAUAUGCCGCUUUUUUUUACAAAUACAGAAUUUUUACCAUCUGGAAGGAAGGAUGGAAAUGUUUCAGAUGAUGAUUCUGAGUUUGUAGAUGCGUUGGAAGAAAAUAUUAAAUCUUUGGAAAUUGAAAUUAUAACAGAUUUUAGCUCUGGGAUUGGCUCUAAAACUAUAAAUCUUUCUCUAAUAGAAAUGGAAGGGAAUUGGCAGUAUAAAAGUAUAAACGUUAUGGUGGAGGCAUUCCAAGAAUAUAAAAAUAUAAUCACAGGAGGGAUAAAAAAUAGUAUGCACAAACUUAAAGGCGGUAUUGACCAGAAAAGUUUUUCAUUCCUGCCAGAUUCUGCUGUAGCUGCUGUUACUGGCACAUUGCAAACUUUUAAACAGAGGUUGGGUAUUACUGGAGCUAGUGCUGAUAAUAGCAAUAAUGAAUCUUGGAAUGCUGGAGUAGGGAUAACAGAUGUUCAUCUGGGAACAGAGCUUCCUCCUUUAUAUUCAGAAAAGAUGAAUAUGCCUGCGGAUACACAUGUAAAUAUUAGCAUUAAAGGUGCAGCUAUUGUAUUUUGGACCAAGAAAAAUGAACCUAUAGCUCGUUUAAGUACUAGUGGAAUAAAUUAUAGAAUUUCUAAAUUUGACAAUGAAUCAAUUGUAAAGGUGGAAGUCGGGACAGGUAAAUUGAUGUUUGGUGGUAGAUGUAUCUUAUCACAUACAGUGAACCCUGAACAACAGGCUGAGCAUCCUCUUCUUAAAUUUGUCUUAAAGUGUUACAAUAGUACUCGAUUACAAGUUCCAUAUUCCAUGUGUUUGAAUGGAGGCUUUGAACGCAUAAUUUUUGUUUACUUCCAACAGGAUAUUAAUAGACUUAUGAAUUAUCUUGAUGAUGGUAUUUUAAGUGUGUUUAUCUCAAAAUCAUACCACAAGGUGGUUGAAACAGCUGCUUCUACUUAUAUGCUCUUCAACUUUUCGGUUACAUCCCCAUGCUUCAUAAUUCCAGAGAAUAAAGCUAUUCUAUCAGCAAAUCUUAAAACCAUGGAAUCUGUUGACUAUCAAAGCGUCAAUCAGGAGGAUCAAUUCAUGUACGAUGAUUCAACAAUCCCUCCUGGUCCAAUGCUUCCUAAUAUUAUAGAUAUGGUAAAUAAACCUAAAAACAAACACAUUCCAAUAAAUAGUGAGUUUCAUGAUGCGUAUGACCUGUUGAACAAGAUUUUUGAUAAGGUAGAUACUUGGUACUUUGGCUCCUACCUACUACUUGAGUUGGGGCAUCUCCAGUUCAAUAAUGGUUAUACUCAUAGAUCUGAUGAGUCCUUGAAAUCUACAAUGUUUCUAAAGAUGUUUGGAACUAGGGCUCUUAUUGUUGAGCAAGAUAAUGGAACAGACAGCGUUACUGGGAAAAUAUUAGACUCCACCGAUUUAGCAGUUUGUACUAGGGGUGGAGAAAUGCUUGAGAUUGGUAUAGAUUCUGAUGAUUGGGUUUUAAAAUUGAGUAGAAAACAACUAACAUUUUUGAUUGAUGUAUUUAGUGAAAACAUCUGCGGUGUUAGAAGCAAACCCACUAGUAACGCUCCAGAUACGCAACCUACUAAAACAGAAUCAAGAUACUGUAUAAGAAUUACACUAAAAAGGUUUCAGUUUAAUUCUUUGGCAUAUAAUUCCAUGCCACUAGCCGAUUUCCAAUUUGACCACAUUACAGUUUGUCUUGACUACGCUUCAAAUAGCGUGAAUAUGACAUCUUGUUUCCAAUUUGGGUUCUGCAGCAAAAAUCUCAUUAUAGAUGACAAAAGGAUAAACUCAAUAAAUACACAUCGUAGGUUACUUGAUUGUUCGGUUAAAGGCGAACCUGCAUUAAAAGUAGGCAAGCCUGCUAAUGUGCUGGAACCAUCUGUGGAUGGACUAUUGUAUAGCUGGUUAAAGCAAUAUAGACAAAAUACGGGACAUGAUUUCUUUUCAAAUGUAUCAUCUGAUUUGUAUAGUAUAAAGUGUGUUGUAAACAGUGAGACUUUGCAAAAUACUAUUGAUUGUACUAUAUCCAAUGCUGCGAUCUCACUCUUAUUUGUAUUUUUUAUGGAUAUUGUCCGCUAUUUUUCACUCUCUUAUGGUAAAAGUUCAUUAUCACGCUUUCCAAAGAAAGAAAGUAUUACUGUGAAUCCCCAAUCAUCCUCUAAUGAAAAGGUUUACACACUAAAUUUAAUUGUUAAUAAUGGAAAGUUUAUUGCUUUCUCAAAGAUGAAUUCGGAAAUUUAUCCACAGCUAGAGCUAUCUUCUGACUUCAUGCUUGUGAUGACUGUUACUGGUAGUUUGUACAAAUUUGUAAAACUAGAUAUUUUGGAUUGUGAACUCUCUAGGGUUUAUCCCCUUGAAGAUAGACGUCAGAUCUUAUGCAGAAAUCUUGAGGCUUUUGGCAAUGGCCAAUACGUAUCUGAUGUAUUAACCUCAAAGAUGUUCUUUGAGUUUACGAUGCCUCCAGCCGCACUAACCCUGUACACCAGAGAUUUAAGUAUUCUAAUAGCUGCUACUACAUCGAUGUUUACCGAUGGCCCUUCUGUUAUGCCUGUGAAAUUGAUAAAUAAUCAAAUAAUAGAAGAUACUGGGGCAUCUGGGAAGUUCUUGUCACUUUCCUUCAAGGUUAAGGGGAUAAAAGUAACUUUCUUUGAUGAUAUGCGUAAGGCACUCGUUCCUAUGAUGAAGAUGAACCUAUCAAGUGAAAAAAUUGAAUAUUUGAAUCUACCCAUAGAAAAGAGAUAUAACAUAAUAAGAUGUUCUUGUAAGCUAGACUAUUUCAAUGCUGCAAUUGGUGAUUGGGAGCCAUGUCUAGAGAAGUUUAAUUUUGAUUUCGAGUUUACUAAGAAUGUUAUGAAUGACAAAAGUCUGAAAAGUAAACGAAUAACUCGUAUGGGCACCGAAGAUGUAUGGAAAGAAUUUGUUCCUAAAAAUCUUGUCAGGAUUAGUAGCAUGUACAGUAUUCUCAUAAAUAUAACACCAAGCUUGUGUCAAUUACUCUUGUGGUUCAUUCCUAUGUUAUCAGAUAAUUUGAACAAGGGAUUGGUUUACAUUAACCCAUUAUUAAUAUCUAAAUCGAGCUCAAAUAGUUUAUCUGAUGACUCAAAUAAUGGAAUAGAUAAUAGCGCAUACAGAUACAUAAAUUUGACCGGUUAUGAAUAUUAUGGGUUCACCUUGGAUACAAAUUGUUCGAAUCAAAAUGAGGCAUACAGUGAACUUAAGGUAGUUACUACAACCACAAAACCCAUGGAGUUGGAUAGCCUCGUAAAUAAGGAGAAAAAGGAAUCAAAUCCGUCUGAUUUGUGUAUUUACCUUACAGCUCGACCUCCAGAAUCUCAUGUUAAUAUUCUUAGUCGUAAGCUCGGAAUAAAAAAUAAACAAGUUAUCAUUCGUGACUUAAUGGUUACAAGGAGCAUAGGCAGAACUAAAGAAAACUUGAGACAUAGCAAUCCUAAUACAGUACCAAGUAUUUAUAAUUCUCCCUUCGAAAAUGGGACAAGUGCCUCAAAAAUUCCCCUAGCUAGGAAUUGCUGUGUACCAUUAGCACCGCCACUAAUGGAUGCAUUAUCCUAUACUAGUGGUGAAAAUGAUGAAUAUCCAGAAAAAAUCCUUGAACAGGCUAUGGAAAAUAAGUCGGCACUUUCCAUUCACAACGUAUUAUGUGAAGUAAAAACACCGCAUCCUUCACAUAAACUUCUAGUUUUCACUUCAACUGUGCGCAUAUUUAACAGAUCAGGACUUCCACUGUUAUUUUGUUUUCUAGAUCUCGAUCUACGACCCAUAUUUAUGUCGAACUUGAGAUCCAGAUCUGCACCAAUAUCUCUUUUGGAUAAACCUGUCAGUAGCAACGAGUUUCUGGAAUCAACUACUAUAAAGUUUUCAAACGAUAAUUCAUUUGCUUCUGAUAAACAAAAAGAUUUCGGAUAUGCAAUAUACUUGGAGAAUAAUCAUUUUCUCUCUGUUCCUGAGUGGGCAUUCAUAGGUGCUUCCCAUGUUAUAUUCAGUUUCACCCCAGCUCCAUUAGUAUCAGGAAAAAGUGAUGCUUUCCAUUCUAAAGGAACUGUUCCAGAUUUAGGAAGUAAGGAAAGUUGGUCUAAGCUGGUAAACAAAAGUGGAUGGUCAAAGAUAACUGAUACACUUCAUCAUUCUGGCACUAGGGUACGCCAAUGUUACUGUUCGAAUAUGUCAAAGUCUAAUUUCAUAUACUUUGUUGUCUCUGUAAACUCUAAAAAAAGUCUGCUACCUGCUAACUGUGAUACAUUUGAAAUUACCAUAUACCCUUCUCUAUCUGUUAUGAACACCCUACCUGUGGAACUGGACUUGCGUUUCACAGCUAAGGAUCACAAUUUCCAAGAUAAUAGAACAUCGCUUUCACCUUUAUCAAGGCACCUUGAAAAAUCCGAAAACAACCGUUAUAUUCAAGAAACCUUAACUCUAAAGAGAAAAUCAAUAAUGCACAUAUAUUCUGUACCCCCGAAUGAAUCUCUUUCUUUUGUUGCAAGAAUAACAAAUCUGCAGGGAGAUUUAGGUUCAGACAAAGCUUAUAGAAUUGAAAACCAAUAUUCAAGGAUAGGUAGUCUACAGCUGGAUAGAUCUGGGAAUUUGUGGUCAGAUAGGAUUUCGAAAAUAUACGGUACUUCUGAAACUCAAACUAAGUUUUUUGUUCCUAUGCCUAACACAGCGCCACUGGAGCUUGAAAUGAUCCGUUACCCAGGAGGAUUGCCUGUUACAUCGAAUUCUUUUCAUGGACACCUGAGUUUGAUCAUAAAUACACCAUGGUUAUUCAUAGACAGGACUGGAUUGGGAAUCCAACCUCACAAGAAGCAUUUUAGACCGACUUUAAAUGGUUUAUCAUUCCUUUCUAGUGAUGACGAAGAACAAACUAUUUAUCUUUCAACCGGUGGGAAGAUUAAUGAUCAAAAACUAUCACAGGCUGGUAUAAGAUUACCCGCUGUUGGUGGUUAUUCCUACGCAACUGUUGAAGAUGGGUCUAGACAACACGCAAUUUCUCUAAUUACGGAAAAGGUUCAUAUAUCUGGGCUAUCAUCGCAUGUAUCUUGCCGUAUAACGUCCGCUAUGCCUGAAUAUUUGGUUACAAAUAAUUUAAAGCAGAAUAUUUUUAUUAGAAAGGACGCUAGAACUCAGCCUAUUGAAGUAGAAAAGGGUACUACAAUUGCAAUACCAUGGCACUCACAAACUAUUUCUUCAGAAUCCUCAAGUAGCGUAUCUCUUGAGUUCAAGCCAUCUGGAGAUUCUAAUUGGAGCAGCCCUAUUCAUCCGUCUGAGAUUUUUGCAGGUCAAACGUAUAUUGCUUUGCGUACAGAAAAAAGAUCACGUCCUCUUGUCUUUUGUAUCUCUAUUGUGCCAAAGUACGGAACGAAAUAUUGCAUAAUUUCACCCCCUGAAAGUAAUAAGAAGGGAUAUGUUUUGACCAACUAUUGUACAAACCUUAAGGCAGCUAUGGUUCGCACUUUCCAUAAAAGCACUAUAUCAAGUACUUCAUCUGAGAACCCUGGUAACUCCUCGGGAUUAUCUUCAAGUGUUUGCUUCACUGCUAAAUAUGGGCAAACUGUGCACUUUGGUUGGUCACAACCCUAUUUACAUAAGUCAAGGCUUUGUCAAGUUUUGUUAUGGCUUGAUAAAACUGUUGUUUUCCCUGAAAAACCCCUAGUAAUAAAUAUCGGUUCGCCAGCGUUAAGAUAUAAGCAAGCGGAGAUACCAAUUCCUGGCAAUCCACACGCGCAUAUAUAUGUUUCAGCAGAGAAUAGAGGCGAUUGCGUUACUAUUGAGAUUAAACCCACAGAAAAAAUAGAAAAACGGGUUAUAAGCGCAGAAUAUAAUGAAGAUUCCAAAAGUUCGUUGGAUUCUACCUUCUAUUCUGAAUCACAGGAUAAUGACUCUGAAUAUGUAACGUGCAGAGGACCGAAGGGUGAAGAAUAUAAAACUUGUAGAGAGUCAGAUAGUUUGGGUGAUCGGUAUCUUGAUUUUAAGCAGGUUCCAGAAAUAAAUUCUGAGGAUAUAAAGGAUGUAGAUGACGCAUAUAUUGGUGAGAUCAACCUUGUAAGCAAAAACCUAAGCCUACAAAUUGCAUUGCAACUGUCUCAAAUUGGUUUGAGCGUGGUAUCUCAAAUAUUGCAUGAGGAAUUGUUCUUUAUGGAAGUAUCUAAUCUUGUAUCUGUUGCGCUAUGUAAAGAUGAUCAUCAGAGAUUAGAAGUUAGAAUAGAUGACAUUCAAAUUGACAAUCAGACUGACUUUGAAAAUGGAGAUAUCACUCGUACAAUUUUGGUAAAUAGGGGCAAGGUGGCUAAGCAUGAUCAGCCUCGCCCAUUUUUGCAAAUAUAUAUUGAUAGACCAUUUGCAAGUUGUAAGGAUUUGUGUCUCAAAAAGGUUUUUGUAUCUCUUGAUGAUAUUGAAGUUGAUGUUUCGGAUACGUUGUUUAGCCGUGUAUAUAAUUUGUAUAAAGAAUGUAUGAAGUCAAUGGACACAGUAUUUAGAAGUAAGAAGGUAGAUUUUAAGAUGAUUGACGACUGGAUUGAACAAGAGUCUAGAUGUAGACUAUCAUCAAUAGAAGCAAACCCUGAAUCACCUUGUGCAAUUUCUCUGGAUUAUCUCUAUAUUGAAAGCUUUAAUUUGAUAGUAUGGUGUAGUUUUGAACUUGAAAAAUUGCACAUGUUAGGUGAUCUCAUGAGAAUGGGUCUGAGAAUUUUGAGUGUUUCCAGGCACUUUGAGCUUAUGGGAGCACCUUUGCAAUUCCAAAGGGAGUACAUAUCUAUAUCUAGAAGUACUUUGAGAUCGUUCUAUGAGCAUAUGAAAGAUAGAUAUCUUCACUCGGCUCUGUCAUGUAUUGGUUCUAUUUUAGGUUAUAGUUCUCUGUUAAAUAUUCCAAAACUGCCGAUAACUGUUGGAAAAUGUACCAUAGAACUAGCUGCUGAUGCAGUAGACAGUGUCAGUACUGGAAUAGGAGGUCUUUUAUCAAAGUUCACAUUUGAUGCAGAGUAUAUAAAUAAAAGGCAGAGGGAUAGAAUUUCUAGACCUUGUAGUAACGUAAAGGAAGGAAUUUUUUCCGCUGGAAAAAGUAUAGGAGAAGGAUUUUUGUCGCUCACAAACAUUGUGACAAAACCAAUUGAGGGUGCACAAAAAGAAGGAAUGGGAGGCUUUAUAAAGGGACUUGGAAAGGGCUUAGCAGGAUCAAUAGUAAAACCGAUUGAUAAAGUUGGACAGGCAGUUUCCCAGGUCUCCAGGGGAAUUAAAGCAAAUAUGUCAAAAUCUCUGCUAUUUGACAGAUGCGCAAUUGAACCGUGCAGGAAACCACGCAUGCUUUGGGGUGAAUUCUCUCAAGUCAAACCAUACUCUCUAGGGGAAGCUGAAAUUAAGAGCGCCCUUGGCCAUAAGCUCUCAAAGAAAAUUAUGCACUGCCAAACGGUUUUGAAGCAAUCACAACCUCCUACUCACCUAGCACUCUUAUUUUAUCCUUCAAAAACACAUUUUGUGGAUCUUUGUAGAUCUAGAGUGUCAAACAAACCAACAGUAAUAUGGAAAUUACACAUAUCGGAUAUAAAUGAAUGUAGAGCAUCUAGCCAUGGUGUCAUUAUAAGAUGCAAAGGAUCACAAUAUCAGAUACCAUGUUCAAAUGCCGAGAUGAUAAACUCAAUAUUUAUCUCAUUUGAAAAUGCACGCAAGCAGGCGUCCUCACUAGUCACAAUUGGACCUGACCUAUUCAACGAUGAAUAUAACUAAUUUUUAAAAGUUU